CAGCAUAAGUCUUCUUGCAGCCCACCACCACCACUGGCCUCCGACCCUGAUGUAUGCUGUGGCCCUGGGCAUGGCUGGUCGGUGGUACGCACCAUGUGAUCAUGGUUACAUGUCGAGUACGGGGCCCACUGGCUAUUCGCUCGGCAAUAAAUGCGGGGGCGCGUGCAAUCAAGGGAAGCUCCUGCGAGAGCAUCAGAUCACCGAGAUUUCCCGGGCCUGCUCGCGGCCUCCCUACAACAACUCGUUCUACGAAGACAGGGUGUUCCAAGCCCGCGUUACGUACGACAUCACAGCAGGAUUGGUCUUCACCUAUGACAGCCCUCGCAACCUUCGUACCAAGCUCUGCAAAGCCAAGACGAAUGCGACGAACGUGAAAUACACUUUUGCCGCCGCGGACAUCCAGCUGGAGGACCCCAAUGGUACCUGCGGCUACGGGCCAUUCCCUCGGCUCUACAUGCUCAAGAAGCUGGCGGCGUUCUUUGCUGAUAAUUACACGUCUGCCGGUAGGGAGGGACAGUGCCGGGCGGUCACCUAUUAAUAUACGCUCAAUUGUUGCUAUCUGCUCAUGCUCAUAGAAAAAGAAAAGCAUUCUGCGUAAGUAAAUUAAGUGAAAUUCUACAUCUUCUUCUGUCCUUUCUAUUGUUGUGGCGGAAAAUCUGUCGCGUAUGUGGGAUAUGGGGGUUUGGCAUCAUGGUGCAUGCAGAAAAUCCACCGGUUCUUCUAAUGGGUCGGGAUGUCCGGCGGCCUUGCACACGGUUACUUGUGGCAGUUCGCAUU